CACGGGAAAGCAUGCAAUCACCACGCGACAAGUCUGACUGGACAAGUUUUCUCACUGUUCUGUCCCGCUUUUGUGUGUAUACCUAGGUAUGGAGGCGGAACAGCAGAAGGAAUGGGACAUCGCUAUCGAUACCGACACUAGUCAGCGCGGGGCCCACUGUAAUUUUUUGCCGCCCGCCUUACUACACAUAACUCCAAUCUUGCCAACUACAUAUUUUCUUCCCUCCUCCCUCUUUGCCUAUCCAGAUCAUUCCUCUUUCUUUCUUUUUCUCUUUUUAGUCGGCCGAUUUUGCAAUCAUGGCCGCCAAAGAGAACGCACAGAGCCUCAAGGUGCUCGAAGAGCUUAUGUCGAAGUUGUCGGUCUCCAAGACUGCCGACGAGACCAAGGCUACUUCAAUCGAGCUCGCCACUUUCAUCAACGGCGACAUUCAAGAGUUGGACACACCCUCAAAGACCGUCGAGAGCCUGAAGAAGCUGCUCGCCAACAAGAAGGAUGCCCUUGUGCGACAAAAUGCAUGCGAGGCCAUUGCUGCCAUCGCCCAGCACGCUCAGGUCUCGCCCACUGUCGAGCCUUACCUCGUCGAGCUUUUGCCUCUUGCGUUGAACGCAGUCGGAGACAAGAUGGCCACCGUCAAGGUUGCUGCUCAGAACGCUGCUCUCUCCAUCACCAAGGCCGUGAACGCCAACGCUGGCAAGCUCCUCAUCCCCCACUUCAUCGAGUCCAUCCGCAACGCCCAGAAAUGGCCCGAGAAGAUGACCGACUUGGAGUGUAUCGAGGCUCUCUGCGAGGUCUCACCCGCUCAGACUGCCUUCCGCGUUCCGGAACUUAUUCCCAUCGUCUCCGAGGCUAUGUGGGAUACCAAGCCGGAGGUCAAGAAGAAGGCGUACGGUACCAUGGAGAAGGUCUGCGCUCUCAUCGUCAACAGAGAUAUCGACCGCUUCAUCCCUGAGUUGAUCAAGUGUAUCGCUCAGCCAGAGAACGUUGCCGAGACCAUUCACUUGCUCGGUGCGACCACUUUCGUCACUGAUGUGCACGAGCCCACUCUCGCUAUCAUGGUGCCUCUUCUUGAGCGUGGUCUCAAGGAGCGUGAGACCGCCAUCAAGCGUAAAUCCGCGGUCAUUGUCGACAACAUGUGCAAGCUUGUCGAGGACCCCAACAUUGUUGCUGCUUUCUUGCCGAAGCUCAUGCCUCAAUUGAACUACAACAACGACAACAUUGCCGACCCUGAAGCUCGUGAGAAGACCAAGCAGGCCCUUGACACUUUGACUCGUGUCGGUGCUGUGAAGGAUGGAAAGAUCCCUGAGGUUUCACACGACAGCGACGUCAAGACGGUCCUUGAGAAGCUGAACGACCUCCUCAGCACUAGCCACAAGGAUGCCGUCAAGAAGUUCGGCCCUGUCCUGGCAUACUGUGCGGCCAUUGGUGGUCAACUAGUCGACGAGAAGGUCGUUGAGAACGUCACCUGGUCUACUAACCUGCUUACCUACCUCAGCUCGAUUGUUGGCGAGAAGGACGCGCCCGGCGUCGUUGACAACUUGCGAAAGCGCGCCUCUCCGCUUGCCGCUGAUGAGAGCGCCGUCGAGCCUGAUGAAGAGGAGGGUGAAGAUCUCUGCAACUGCACUUUCAACUUGGCCUACGGCGCUAAGAUCCUGCUCAACCAGACCUCUCUGCGCCUCAAGCGUGGUCAGCGUUACGGUCUCCUCGGACCCAACGGUUCCGGAAAGACCACCCUCAUGCGUGCCAUCAACAACGAGCAGGUUGAGGGUUUCCCCAAGCAAAGCGAGGUCAAGACCGUCUACGUCGAGCACGACUUGGACGCCGCCGACACCGAAUUUACCGUCAUUGACUGGACUCUCAUGAAGCUCAACCAGGCCGGUUUGACUUUGAGCAAGGACGAGGUUACUUCCACUCUUCUCUCCUUCGGCUUCAACGACCAGCAGCUCAGCGGUCCCAUCACUGCCCUGUCUGGUGGCUGGAAGAUGAAGCUCGCUCUUGCGCGUGCUGUCUUCGAGAAACCUGACAUCCUCCUGCUCGACGAGCCGACCAACCACUUGGACGUGAAGAACGUGAAGUGGCUCGAGGACUACCUCACCAGUUCUCCCUGCACAUCGAUCAUCAUCUCCCACGACAGCAAGUUCCUCGACAAUGUUGUGCAGCACGUCAUUCACUACGAGCGUUUCAAGCUGAAGCGUUACCGUGGUAAGCUCAGUGAGUUCGUCAAGCGUGUGCCCUCUGCCAAGUCGUACUACGAACUCGGUGCCUCCGAGAUGGAAUUCAAGUUCCCUGAGCCGGGUUUCCUCGAGGGUGUCAAGACCAAGGCCAAGGCUAUUGUUCGUGUCAGCAACAUGACUUUCCAAUACCCAGGCACACCCAAGCCUCAGAUCCAGGAGGUCACCUUCCAAUGUUCGCUCGGAUCCCGUAUCGCCGUCAUCGGACCCAAUGGUGCUGGAAAGUCCACUCUCGUCAACGUUCUGACCGGUGAACUCAUCCCUACCAAGGGUGAGGUCUACCAGCACGAGAACAUCCGUAUCGCCUACAUCAAGCAGCACGCUUUCGCGCACAUCGAUCACCAUCUCGACAAGACUCCCUCUGAAUACAUCCAGUGGCGUUUCCAGACCGGUGAGGACCGUGAGACCAUGGACCGUGCCAACAAGAUCGUCACCGAGGAGGAUGAGAAGGCCAUGGACAAGAUCUACAGAAUUGAGGGUACCCAGCGUCGCAUUAUUGGUAUCCACGCACGAAGAAAGUUCAAGAACUCGUACGAAUACGAAUGUUCGUUCGCGCUCGGUGAUAACAUCGGCAUGAAGAACGAGAGAUGGACACCCAUGAUGACUGCUGACAACGCCUGGAUUCCCCGUUCUGAGGUCAUCGCCUCUCACCAGAAGAUGGUUGCUGACGUCGACCAGAAGGAGGCUCUUGCCAGUGGACAGUUCCGUCCUUUAGUCCGAAAGGAAAUUGAGUCUCACUGUGCCAACUUCGGUAUUGAUGCUGAGCUUGUUUCACACUCUCGCAUGCGUGGUCUCUCAGGAGGACAGCGUGUCAAGGUUGUCCUGGCUGCUUGCUCAUGGCAGCGACCUCACUUGAUCGUUCUCGACGAACCUACCAACUACCUUGACCGUGACUCUCUUGGAGCUCUUUCCAAGGCGCUCAAGUCGUUCGAGGGUGGUGUCAUCAUCAUCACUCACUCUGCCGAGUUCACCAAGGACUUGACUGAAGAAGUCUGGGCCUGCUUGGACGGCCGCAUGACUCCCUCCGGUCACAACUGGGUUCAGGGUCAGGGUGCCGGACCCCGUCUCAAGGCUGAUGACGAGGAGGAAGAGAAGUUUGACGCCAUGGGCAACAAGAUCGAGUCGACGAAGAAGGCCAAGAAGCUUACUGCCUCCGAGUUGCGCAAGAAGAAGAAGGACCGUAUGGCCCGCCGCAAGCGUGGUGAGGAGGUCUUCUCUGACGAGGAUGACUAGAUUCCCAUUGUAUGGGAAGGUUGGGAAUUGAAGGAAAAGGAUUCGGUUUGUUUCUGGCGUUUUUAAUUUUGUCUGUGGUGCCAAGCUAGUUCCAGCUGGGCCAUGAAAUGAUUUCCUAUGUUCUUCACGUCGAGAGACAUGAUAAAGUAGAUACGAUGUUCAGAAAAGGUUUCUCAAAAGCAUAUUUCACAGUCGUCCUGAAAUCAUCAUGAA